AUUUAAGAUCAUGAGAUUUACUAUCUUAAGUCGUGCUUCUGAGUCACUCGUCUACAAAAAAUAGUAAUUAUUUUCUACCAAUGAGUUAUAAUUUUUAUUAUCUAAGAAUUAUGUUUGAUGCAGGAUUUUUUUUUAAAUUCACGUCACAACUUUGAAAUAUUUAUUAAUUUCUAAUAUUUCCGUUUAAACAAUUGUUUUUAACAUAUCAUUGUAUUAUAGGUACCUAUAUAAAACUUAAAAUCAUAUAAUUAAAUAAUUUAAUCAUCAAUUAAAGUUUAUCACAUAAAUUAACAAAGUUCGCUAUGGAUCAGAAAGUAUUUGAUGAAGCUGUAAACGAAACUAUGGAAUUAUUGGAUGUGAAUUAUUCAGAAGCGUUAAAAGACACUAUUGCUCAGUUCCAACAGAUGGUAAGUUUCAGUUAAGGCAUACCUACUACCGGUUAAAAAUAGAAUACUAUGAAAUUUGUUUUAGGGAAUGGAUUUGUCCAAAAUACAAAUCAAACUUGAGUCAGCUACAGAUCCACUACCAUCAGCCUUAUACCAAUUAAAAACAUUGUUUGACAUUCCAUCAUGGGAUGAAACGCAAAAAAAACAAAUUAUGAAUAACCUAUUAAUUGUUGAAAACGAAUGUAAAACAAAAGAGGGUCAGAAGCUUGCUAAAUUAAGUGGUGCAUAUAAUAUUAUAUGCGGAUUUUUAGAGAGACUCACUGAACUCAAUGUUGAUCAAAAGGCACAAUUUAUUAAGUCAUUUGAUUCUCUCCUUGGAGGUAUAGUUACUGAAAACCAAUACAGUUUGUUAAUUACAAGUAAUGUACCUAUAUUGUUUAUACUGAAGCUAAAGGAAUAGUAAACUUAAAUUUGUCCUAUUCAAUUACUUAAAUUAAAAUACAUUGACCUGCCACUAUGAACCUUAUUGUGUUUAAUAAUUUUAUACUAGAGACUAUUGGAAAUCAAACUUGGAUGGAUGUUAUUUUUAAUGACUUAUGUACAAAUAUAAAUAAAAUAAACUACUUAGGUGUUAUAUAUUUCAUUUUUAUUAUAAAUUUAAAUUUAUAGAACUUACCUACUACUUUUAUUGCCUGAAUUAUAUUAUACUGAAUUAAUAUAUAUAUAAAAUUCAUACUCAAAAUAUAUUACUUAGAUAGAUUUAAAUGUUUUUAUAUACCUACACAUUAUUACACAAGAUUACAGCAAUAAUGAUAAUCUGUUUAAACCAAUUCCAUAAAACAUUAUAUUAUAAUAACUUAUUGUAUUUUUGUAUACACACUCUAUUGCCCUUAUUGGGUACAAAUAAUAAUAAUAAUAAUUUGUUAAAUAUGAAAAUGAUAGUAUAUGUAUAGCAUUUAUUAAAUAGUUAUUGGUUGAUUACUUUUAAAUUUAGGUAUAUCAUUUUUAAUUUAAUUAUUCAAGUAUUUUAUAAUUUAUUUAUUUCUUUUUAAGUAUAAAAACAUGUUACAGGUGGACAAGUUGUAUAUGGUAAAGCCUUAGACAUAAUGGUUGAAUUAUUAAAAAAUACCCAAGAAGAAAAUGUCUUACUAGCUCUGUUGUCGUGGUUCAGAACUAUUAGUGAACUUGAAGAUGAACGAGAGGUAUAAACAAAAACUUAAUGAACUAUUUUGUAAAAUGAUAACUUUUUAGUAAGGACGAAUUGUCAUAAAUUUGAAUACACUCAAAAUAUAUAAGAGUUGGUAUUACUUAAGAAAUAAUAAUAAUAAUAUACUCAUAUUUAAUAAAUACAUUAAAUAUUCAAAAGGAUUUUCUCAAUACAUUAAUUAUGAAUGUAUCUCAUUAAAAUUUAAUACAUUUAUAAAUAAAAAAAAUGUCUGAUUUAAAUGUAUUGUUUUAGGAAUUACGCAUUAUUGGUAUAGGUGAGAUUAUGAAACAAAUCUUAGAGUCUAAUUCUUCAAAAGAGGCUGUAAUUAUUGGAACUUGUCAAUUAAUUAGAGCGCAACUUCGAGAGGACAAUUGUAGUGGUGAUUUUUCUAAUGCUGGUGAACGGUCAAGACUUUUGGGUUGUGAACUAUUAGAACCAUUACUUAAAUUGUUAAAUGGUAAGUGAUUAAUAUUUAUUCUCCUAGCAAUAAUAAAAUAUCUGGUUUAGAAAAUCCCACUUUAUUAUAAACACUGUUCAAUAUUUAAGUAAAAUAAAUGUAUAAAAUAUUAAUAUGGUUGUUCGUGUCUGGAAAAUAGUGUUAAAAAUUAGGGGACUUGACCAAGGUUUAAACCUGAGUUCUGCUUGCUCUACCACUGAGUUACCUGGUACCUCAUUUCUAUCACUAUUUCCACUAUACUUAAGGAUCUGACAUCACAGGGUGGUUGGUGUAGUAACUGUGUUUACAGUUAAGGGGAUGAUGCAGUAUUUGGAAGCCAUGUUCAUAUAACAAUGGUAUCAAGUAGAUCAUUUUGCCCAAUUGUGAUAAAAAUAUUUGUUAUUUAUUACAGACAAUCAAAUAAUAGAAUUAGAAGAGGUGACUAGUGAAAUAUUCUUUACCUUGGCAACUAUUAUUGUUCGUUUUGAAUUUUGUCGUAAAUUUGAUGAAAGUGGAGGUUUGUUGAGAGUUAAAUUAGCCAUGGAACGUCAUUGUACUGUGGUAUAUUAAUUUCUUAUAUCAUACAAUUUUUAUUUUUAUAAAUAAUUUAUUAUGUGAAAUGCGAUUUAUUAUUAUAAUUUAUAAUAGAGAUUGAAUUGCCUGGCAUUUAAACUCCUUAAAUCAUUAGCCGGAGAUGAUAUUGUAAAAGAUGAUAUCAGAAAAGUUGGAUUUUGUCCGUUCAUAUUAAUGGCCUUACAAAGAAAUAUAGUAAGUUGAUAUUUAUUUUAAACUUUUAAAUCACUUCAACUACAUAACUUGUUUUGAUUUUAUAAAGAACAAUAAACAAUUAUGUAUUGAUGCAAUGAAAUUAUUGACAGCAUUGACACUGCGUUCUCCAAAAAAUAGUGCCGAAUUGACACAAUUAGGUAUUGCAGAACUUAUUGUUCAAGCAAUGAAAGUGCAUUCAAACGAUGCUAAACAUCAGGUAUUUAAUAAAAAUAGUGAAUUUGAAUAUUUUUUAAUAACACUGUACAGAUAUACGAGGGCUAAUCAAAAAGUAUCAAGACUGGUAUUAUCAUUCGGAAAAGGAGCAUCGAAGAGCAGUAAGGAUUGGUAUCACUUGCUUCUAUGACUUUUUCUGAGUACAUUUGUUAUUAUUGCUUCUCUAUAAAAUUCUUCGAUUUGAUUUCAUUGAUAUUUUUGUAAAAUAUAUUUUUCGAGUUUCCCGAUUUUGUAAUAAACCCAAAAGAAGAGUAACUUGACAGAUUUGGAGAUUUUAGAAAAUUUGUCUGCAUUUUUUUCCAGUUUCAGAGGGAUGCAACAUUUCGUGGUUUUGCCAUUAAAUGUCAAUUGAAAAACUGAAAAUGUGCCCUCGAGUGGCAGCGAGUUCCGCUUCAUUUGGAUUCAUUACGAAAUCGCCAAACGUGAAAAACAAAUUUUAGAAAAAUAUCGUCAAAUCAAAACGAAGAAGUUUAUAGAGAUUUUAUACGAAUAGAUGUGCUCAGUAUAAGCCAUAGAAGCUAGGUUUACAAAUCGUUUUGCUCUUCAACGCUCGGUUUCUGAGUAAUAUUAUCAGUCUCGAUACUUUUUGAUUAGCCCUCGUAUACUAUACCUUCCUACUAAGAAGUUUAUUCAUAUUUAUUAAAUUCUCCAAUAUUGGUAGUUAUUUUUUUACCACUACAUCAAUUAAAAAAAGAAAAAAUAUCAUUUGUUUUUUUUUAUAUAUAACUUAUUUAUUUUGUAGAAACAUGCUUGUACUGCUGUGCGGAAUAUAGUAUCAAGAAAUCGAGAUUUAGCUUCGGAAUUUCUAGCACUCAAUGUAGAAAUAAUAAUUGAAAAAAUAAUUAGUCAAUAUAAAAAUUGUGAAUUUGAAGCUAAAAGUGCAUUACGUGACCUUGGUUUAGAUGUUCAUUUCAAAGAACAGUGGACUGGUACCGGACAGAAUUUAACUUCAUAAAUAUUUCAAACUCAAUGAUCUUCAAUUUUUCAGAAUAAUUCCGAUAAUUAAUUUAAUAUGUUUUUAAUUUUUUUUUUAUAUAGCAAUCAAAAUAUUAUAACCUCGCACUAAUAUUUAUUAUUAUUGUUUAUUAAAUAACUGUUAUACUAAAUAUUUACUUCUUAUUUAUACAUUAACAUAAUUAGUUUAAUCACUAAAAAUAAACUUGUCUACUAUUUAUAAGUACUGAUUCUUAAUUAGAGUAUUAUUUCACACAAAAAUAUGUAUGAAAUAGAUUCAUCCAAAAAACUACAAUAAAUUAUACAUCACAAAGAAGUUCACAUUGAAUAUAUAGUGUCUAUUGUAUAAGGCUUGUUAAUUUAAAACAGCUUUUAAGAAUAGUUUUAUUGGAUAUUUAAAUAUUCACAAGUAUAAUGUAAAAUUGCCAAUAAAUUAAAAUUUGCAAUCAUAAUAUUUUAGAUGAAAUAUGAGUACUGAGUAGCUACACUUGAUGCAUGAUUUCUGAUAGACAUUUUGUACAUGGUAUAAAAACAUAGAAAAGUAAAAAUUGUUGUAAAACCAAUACAUUCUUCGCUCCAAAUCUUAAAAUAUAAAUUUCUGGUUUACUUUAGUUGCACACACACAAAAAUAAUACCAACAAAUAAUUUUAUGGUUAUCUCAGGUAACCUAUAUAAAUUUUAUUAAUCUGAUUAUUACAGACAACAUUGUAAUAGUGUUCUGAUAUUAUUUUAUACAUUUUAAAAUUUAACAGACAAUAAAAAUGUAUGUUUCUUUAUAUUAACAAAAAUUAUCAAAAAUGCUAUAUUAAAUAUGUUCAAAAGAAUACUUGGCAAAAUAAUAAUUUUUGUAUAAUUUAAAUAUAAUAAUAAAAUUAAAAAUACUAACUAAAAUAAAACAUUGUUCAAUUAUGUAUAAAUACAAAAAUGUUAAAUCUAAACUUCAACAUAUAAUUAAAAAAAAUAUAUAUAUUAAUAAAUAAAUAAAUUUUAAAUGGUAAAUUUUUCAAUAAUAAUUAUUAAACACUAAUUUUAUAAUUAACAUUUAUAGAUACACCAGUCUUGUUAUAAUACUAUGUACUUCAAUGUUUCCAACACCACAAUAUGUUUUGUUUUUUAUUGCACACUAAGAUUUAAAAAUUUGGGUGUUUUACUAAUCUUUUUUGUACCAGAUGACUCCCAAAUUGUCACUGUUCCGUCUUCUGUAGAUAUAUAUAAAUGUUGAGAAUCACUCGAAUAAAUAAUACUGCAAGAAACAACAACUAAACAAUUAAAUAUCCAUCUGUAGUAACUAGGUUUAUUUAUCAACUUACGCUAUAACUGCUCCAUCAAAAUGAAUUAUUGGUAUUUCACUAACAAAUGAUAAGUCCCAUGUACUCCAUAAUCUAUUAAACAGUAAAUCCGCAAUUUAUGUAUAAGGCACAUCAAUAAAAUCAAAAUAGUUAAAUUAUAAUUACUUCACACUUCCAUCUUCUAAUCCUGUUGCAAUAGAAUUUACAGAAAUUCCUUCUGGAGCAUUGGAAAAGCAAACGGCUGUGAUUUUUUUAUCACUUUCUAUGCUGCCAAUAUAUGAAGCGUUUAUAGUUUGAAGUGUCAUGAUUGAUUUACCAUUGUCACUAUUAUACGCAAUUGUCACAAUAUCACCAAGAGUUUCAUUGAUUGACACUAAAUUUAUCUAUAUUAGAAACAAUAAAAAGUAGUAUUAACUAAAAAUAUUGAAUACAGUUAAAUUUCAUUUAGCAAUUACCGGCAAUGACAUAGACUUUAAUGAUCUCACAUAUGUAGUAUCAUUUAAAUCCCAAAUAAUUGAGAAUCCUUGGUCAUCACAACUGACAGCAAUAUGGAAUGCUGAACUUAAUGCUAUGCUAGAUAUUUUAGCUCGAUGACCAACAAGAACGGUUGGUUCUUGGAAUAUCUCUACAGUACCAACUAUGACAUCAAAAUAAAAUCUGAAAAAAAA